AACUCUAAUUCCGCCCGACUUCCUCUUCCUCCUCUCUGUUUCCCCGAAUCGCCGUCUUCUCCUCCUUGCCCAUCUCCGCCAUUUUCGACGAAGCUUCCCACCGAACCCUGAGCUCCGGCCAAGCAUCACCCCACGUCGACGUUCCCGCGAAGGACGCCGCGACCAGACGCAGAGGCCUUCGACUACCUCACUGUCGGCGCGAUAACAUUGGGCGAAGACUUCCGACGGUGGCACGCGGAAGAGACAAGUGCAUCCUUUAUGUUGGUAUGGGUAUGGAUUCAAUGAGGUGAGGGAGACACCUCCCAGGAUGUGAUAGAGAACAUGGGGACGGAGUAGACAAGGAGACGGGAUGGUACCAUGACACACUGUCCGGGAACCUUUAGGAGUGCUGUGAAGGCUCUUGUUUUCUUCUGAGACCUUGGUGUUUCCAUUUUCCUUUUUGCUAAAACUCCUUAAGUUGGGAAGCUAUUGUUUGUGUUGGGUAUGGCGGAGGGGACGCCCUUGCCGACCAAUUUGCAGGAAAGGGCGGCCAUCUCCGUCACGGCUCAGGUGGAAGCCUUGUUCCAUAGGAGGAUUGAGUUCCAUCCCAAUCGGAAGCCGUUAUCUUCCUUCCCCAACGGGGAUUUCCGCCUUGAGACUCUGAACCCCAGCUCGGGUCCCGAUACAUCUGCACAGAAAAUAGGAGGAGCCUCCAUGCCAUCGAAGGGGAGUCGAUCGGUGGAGUCGGAGUUUUACGAGUUUGGAUUCGAUCAAGAGCUUAGCUGUAGAAUCACCUUCCGGAGGAUAGGUGCUGGUCUGGCAAAUCUUGGCAAUACUUGUUUUCUUAAUUCGGUUCUUCAGUGCCUUACAUAUACUGAGCCUUUUGCAGCUUAUUUGCAAAGUGGAAAGCAUAAAUCUUCUUGUAAUACUGCUGGAUUUUGUGCAAUGUGUGCCCUUCAGAAUCAUGUCAUUACUGCUUUACAGUCAAGUGGAAAGAUAGUUUCACCUUCACAUCUUGUUAAGAACUUACGUUGUGUAUCACGCAGUUUCCGAAAUUCAAGACAAGAAGAUGCUCAUGAGUAUAUGGUUAACUUGCUAGAAUCAAUGCAUAAAUGCUGUUUACCAUCUGGAGUACCAAGUGAGUCCCCCAGUGCCUAUGAAAAAAGCUUGGUACACAAGAUAUUUGGUGGCCGAUUGCAGAGUCAGGUUAAAUGCAUGCAGUGUAACUACUCUUCUAAUAAGUUUGAUCCCUUCUUAGACUUGAGUCUUGAAAUAGUGAAGGCUGACUCUUUGCUGAAGGCACUUGCCCAUUACACCAAGGUGGAGCAAUUAGAUGGAGGUCAGAAGCAAUACCAGUGCCAAAACUGCAAGGAGAAAGUCAGGGCCCUCAAGCAACUUACCAUUUACAAGGCUCCCCAUGUUCUUACCAUUCAUCUCAAGCGUUUUUAUUCUCAUGAUCCUGGUCAAAAGAUUGACAAAAAGGUGGAAUUUGAACCAAGUUUGGAUUUAAAACCUUUUGUCAGCGAUCAACAGGGUGGAAAUCUAAAAUAUACACUUUAUGGUGUAUUAGUACAUGCAGGGUGGAGUACCCGCUCUGGACACUAUUAUUGUUAUGUUCGUACCUCAAGUGGCUUGUGGCAUUCUCUGGAUGAUAAUCAGGUACGCCAGGUAAGUGAGAAGACUGUUUUGGCACAGAAAGCAUAUAUGUUAUUUUAUGUACGGAACAGAAGUUCUAUACCCAAGGGAUUUGAAAAUUCGUUCCACAAAGACAGGGCUAAUCAAAAUGGAAAGAAAUUGAUUCCCCAGUCAUCCUUGGUUUUGAAUGGUGUUGUUCAAAAUGGUUUGACAGAAAAAUACCAUAGUCCUAUGGAACCCACCUCUUCCCAAUUGCAAAUUUCAGGUGCUGUUGCUCAUUCUGCUUCGGCUAUGAAUGUUUCAUCAAACGAACUUUCAACACAAACACUGUCUCCCUUGCUGAAUGGUGGCACUUCUGAAAAUAAAAUUCCUGAACUAGAAACUAAUAACCAGGUACUUGGAGUGAAACAUUCCACUUUGAAAGACGGAAGCUCCAUUAAGAAAGGAUUGCAGCAAACAACAUCAUCUGCACCAUUUUCUAAAAGUUCAGUGAAGCUUCCUGUUGAAAAGGUUUUGAAGGAGGUAUAUGAAGUUUUGGAUUCAGAGAAGGAUCUGUUCCAAGUUGCUGUUGAAAAUAGCAUCUCUGAUCUACCCCAGGAUGUCGAUGGUGAAGAUGAAAGAUCUCAUGCUUCUUGUCGUCCACUCGAAUGUGCACAUCAAAAUGGACACUCAUCUAAUCUGCAAUCUGAAGAUGACAAUGCUAAACAGGAAAAUCUUGCUGCUUCAGUAAAAAUGUUGAAGAAACUGCAUAAUCCCAUGAAACUGAGGAGGCUUGCUAAAUAUGCCCAGAAGGGCCUGCCAUUUGGUCGCCAUCAUUCAUUUCUUGCUUCUUUAAACCUGUCAGUGAUCCAAAGAUCCAAGAAAAACAAAAAAUUCCAUUUAAGAUUAAAAGAUUCACAGAAACAUGAGUGUGUCUGUCAAAAAGACCAGGCUUUGUCCACGUCUGGGGCUGUUAAUAAUGUUUCUGCAGGUAAGGGUUCUUCAUCAAAACAUUCUCGAUCUGAAAUGAUCAAAGGAAGUAUUGACCAAGCUAUGAAGAUCAGGGACUACUGCAAUGAAUCAUUUGAUCAUGCAGACAAAAAGGAAGAGGUUACUGAAAAAGAUGAGACUCUUUCCCCUGAGUUGCCAAUAUCUAGCUCAGAUUCCACCAUAAAAUCACUUAAUUCAAGGCUCACUGUUGAAAAUGAAGAGGUGAAUGGGAAAGAUGUGAUAUUUGCCCCUCAGUUGCCAAUAAUUAGCUCAAAUCCCACCGAAAAAUCAGUUAACUCGAGAAUCACCUUUGCUGGUGACCAAGUAAGAUUGCAGAAAGAUUUUACGAAUAUGCUUAUGAUGGGGUUGGAGAUUUCUGUUCCUAGAUGGGAUGAUGCUAAAUUGCAUAAAUUAGGGCAGAAUGGUUUAGAAAGUUCGAGAAGUACCAGUAUUGGCUAUGUAUUAGAUGAAUGGAAUGAGGAAUACGAUCGUGGCAAACGAAAGAAGUUAAGAAAAUCCCUACAGUCUUUUGACGGACCGAACCUAUUCCAACAGACUGCCAACCAAAAAGCACGACAGAAUUUCAAGGCAAAGUUUGAAACUGAGCAAUCAGCGAACCAACCGUUCAGGAUAUGUUGACAAGAUUGACAAUGAAAUUUUAUUGUUGUAUGUGUUGGUCAUUGAUCAAUUCCCUUCCCCCUUGUUUUGUGGUUGUUUAGUUGCAUUUUUGUGUAAUUGGUACUUCCCUAUUCUUGAGGCUUAUCACUGAUAGAAAUCCCUGGAGAGUAGCUAGAGAAUCACGGAUGUGCGAUCCAGUAGAGCUUCACAAGUGUAUUUUUGGUCUGCUGCUUCGGCUGUUUUUUGAUAACUACAUUGAACAUUAACAUUUAUUAUUGUGAACUCUUUAGUAAUGCUAUUGUUGCUAGUUACCUC